GCAACCGGCUCUCACUCCCCGCUCUCUCUCUCUCGUCCCCAUUUCCACCCACCGAAGUCCGAUCUGAACAGAGUCUGCAUACCCUCCUAAAAUCCUCCACAAUCUUUCCAACCCAAACCUAUGGCACUCAUAACCGAAGAAGAACCACAAGCCCCACCACCAAACCCCGCCAAACCCUCACAAAGCCCACCUCCCCCUCCCACCCCCACUCCCACUCCCACUCCAAACCCAUUCACUUUCUGGUUCCACUUCACCCUCCUAGUCUCUCUCCUCACCACCCUCCUCGUCUCUCUCUCUACCCUCUCCCCACAAGACCCCAAAUCCUGGUUCCUCUCUCUCCCCACCAACCUCCGCUCCCACUACUCCAAGGGUCGAACCAUCAAGGUCCAAAUUACCCCUAACCUCCCCCCCAUUGAAGUCUUCACCAUCCAAAGUGGCCCUAUCAAGUCAGACAGUGUGCUCUUUGUGCACGGCUUGGGAUGCAGUUCUUAUUCUUUUAGGAAAACCAUUGAGUUUCUGGGGCGGAGAGGCCUAAAUGCCAUUGCCAUCGAUUUGCCCGGUUCUGGGUUUUCGGAUAAAUCAAUAGCGGUUGUGGAAGAGGGAUCGGGCGGGGGUUUAACGAGGGUUUGGGAGGUUUAUAGUGAGAUUAGAGAGAAGGGUUUGUUUUGGGGGUUUGAUCAGCUGGUUGAAAAGGGGCAUGUGGAUUUCGAAGGAAAUGAUGUUAGGGUUAGGAAGAGAGAGGUUGUUAAGGCUAUUGAAUUGGGUAGUGAAGAGAUGGGGAGGGUUUUGGGGCAAGUGGUUGAUUCCAUGGGAUUAGCACCUGUGGAUUUGGUUUUACAUGAUUCGGCAUUAGGGUUGGGCGCGAAUUGGGUGUUGGAAAAUCCGGGGUUGGUGAGGAGUAUAACACUUCUCGACACCACAUCGAUUUCCACGGCUUUGCCUUUGUGGGUAUUGCGAACGGUGGUGGUUAGGGAACUUGUUUUGGGGUUUAGGUUUGUGUUUGGGAGGGUCCUUGAGUUGUGCUGUUCAAAACCGGUUGGUGGGGGUUCCGACUCGGAGGCUCAUAGGAUUCUUUUGAAGGGAAGGGAUGGGAGGAGAUCGGUCGUGGGGAUGGGAAUGAAGAUGAAUUGUAGUUUUGAUUUGGUGGAAUGGGGUAGUUCAGAGGGGGUGAAGGGUUUGCCGAUGCAAGUGGUUUGGUCUAGUGGUUGGUCUAAGGAAUGGAGCGAGGAGGGCCGCAGGGUUGCCAGUGCGCUCCCGCAGGCAUCAUUUGUCACACAUUCUGGUGGACGCUGGCCUCAGGAUGAUGCAGCUGAUAUAGCUGAAAGCAUUUUUCAGUUUUUGUCCGCAUUGCCAAAGUCAGUUAGACAAAGCGAUGAAGAGCCAAUACCUGACCAUAUACAGAAGAUGAUCGACGAAUCAAGAGGCAGUGACCAUCACCAUCCCCACCCUCAUCAUGAUGUUCUUGGUGGCCAUGAACAUGAUCACGGUCAUGGUCAUGAUCAUGCUCACGCUGCUGGUUAUAUGGAUGCAUAUGGACUUGGUCAGGGAUGGGCAAGUUGAGGUCUUUCACGUAUGGUUUCUCUUUUUACCGCCGGUGAUGAUUUUUCUGUCUAUCCCGGAAGUUUGUUAAUUUGAACGAAACAAAGUUGUGUUUAAAGUAUGUUGUGUAUUAGGGUUUUGUUUGUAGUUGAUAUUUCAGGAUCCAAAUCAUCUUCUGGUUUGCCAAUCAUUGAGGGUCGAUUUUUCUCAACCUCUUUGUAGUUUUACUCUCUUCUUUGUAUAUAUUCUGAUGCUGUUGGGCAAAA